CCAUAAAGCUCAAAGAUUUCACAGCUGAACGGUGGUCUAAAAGAAGAAAAAAUUCGAAGAAGAAGAAGUUCAGAUUAGAACAAGAUGCAGCAGAGAAAAUCAGCAUUUGGAAGACCUUCUGGGACGGACGGCUCAGAUUUCUCCUAUCGUAUGGUCGUCGAUUCACGGUAUCAAAAGGUAGCAAAAGGGAAGUCUCGUCUCUACGCUCUGAUUUUCAUUCAGGCGGUCAUUCAUUCAAUUGGAGCUGUAUACACAUUUCUGACAACAUUAAAGGAGGGUCCUGAUAGACUUGCUAUUUCAACUAUCGUCAUUGGUUUUCUUUCUUUCAUAAUAGGGGAAUUAGGUCGAAGACGUAGCCGAGUGAGCUUCUUAAAAGUAUACAUUGUUGCAUCUACUGCGGCAACACUUCUCUGGAUUGCUUAUGUAGCUAAGAGCAAUUUUGCAUUAGAGGUUAUCCAAGAUCCAAGUAACUGGGAAAAAUAUAAGUUUGAACUUUUGGAGACUGCUCGCAUUCUAACUGGAUUGCUGAUACAAAUAUUUACAAUUGGAACAACAAUUUCUCUUAUCAGUAACAUGUCUCCUCCCAAAAGGGCAUCUUAACCACUUCUUACCUAGAACAAACUCUCCAUGUCAACGGCUAAAAGAAA